AUGGGGCUCUUGAUACCACUGUUAGCUUUUGCAAAGGCAGCAGAAGCAAUAAGCUCAAGACAGAAAAUUAAGGUUAAAAAUGGACCCAAGGAAUUCACUUCUCUGUUUUACAGUCUUCAGAGUUGGAGGGGAAUAUUUGAGACAUUUGAUAAGGACAGGAGUGGCAGAAUCAAUUCAAUUGAGUUGCGAGAUGCGCUGUUAAGUUUGGGUUAUGCUGUUUCUCCUAUGGUAUUGGACUUGCUCGUCUCCAAGUUUGACAAGACUGGUGGCAAAAGCAAGGCUAUUGAAUAUGACAAUUUCAUUGAGUGUUGUCUUACUGUGAAGGGACUAACAGACAAAUUCAAGGAGAAGGAUACUGGGUAUACUGGCUUUGCAACAUUCUCCUAUGAAUAUCAGUUGUCCAUGUUAAUUGCCUGGGUCUGUAAUUUGGUUUGGAGUUGGAUGUGUGUGGUUGACUGAAUUGCUUUGGACAAUUUAUAAUAUGCUUUUGUUUCCUGUUGUUUAGUUACAAUUGAACUAUGGUUGAUGUCAUUUUACUUGAGUGAUGAUCAGGUGUUCUGUACAACACUCAU